AUGCCCAGUCCUCAUUUCACUUUGGCCGAAGGCCAGCCCGUCAUCGACCCAUCCACAAGCAUCACCUUGCCUACCUUGGGCGGUGGUGGUCUCACUACUCUAGGAGAUACUCUUCUCAUCGAGACCCUCACGCAUUUCAACCGGGAGCGCAUCCCCGAGAGAGUUGUUCAUGCUAAGGCAGCCGGUGCCUGGGGCGAGUUUGAAGUAACCAACGAUAUCUCCUCGCUCACCUCGGCCAAGUUUAUGAAUGGAGUCGGCAAGAAGACUCCAGUCCUGUUCCGCCUUAGUACGACCGGUGGUGAAAAGGGUAGCGCAGAUACCGUUCGGGAUGUGCGAGGCUUCUCUGUCAAAUUCUUCACCGAAGAAGGUAAUCAUGACAUUGUGGGAAACCAUAUUCCGGUCUUCUUUGUCCGCGAUCCCAUUCGCUUCCCCUCGUUGAACAGGAGUCACAAGAGACACCCUUCGACUAACCGUCCCGAUUGGACUAUGUUCUGGGACUUCCAUGUGAACCAACCCGAAAGUGUCCACGCUUUGAUGCAUCUUUUCGGCUCGCGGGGUAUUCCCGAUUCCAUUCGUCGAGUCACCGGUUUUGGCGUGCAUACAUUCAAGAUGGUGACGGACGAGGGCCGAUUCCGCUACUGCAAAUUCCACUUCCGACCUGUCGACGAAAUCACCCAUUUUUCGAAGGAAGAUGCAACUCGCAUGGCUGGAGUUAAUCCCGACUUCCAUAACCAGGACCUGUGGUGCGCUAUUUCUCGCAAGCAGUUCCCUGUCUGGAAGCUAUAUGUUCAAGUUAUGGAGCCGGAGCAGGCUGAGACGUUCGGCCGCGGUCUGUUUGACAUCACCAAGGUCUGGUCUCACAAGGAUUUCCCCUUGAUCGAGGUUGGCAAGAUGACUCUCAACAAGAACCCCGAGAACUACUUUGCCGAAAUUGAACAGGCAGCAUUCUCACCUUCCAACAUGGUGCCAGGCAUUGCGAUGACGCCCGACCCUAUGCUGCAAGCUCGCAUGUUUGCCUACCCCGACGCCCAGCGAUACCGACUCGGAAUAAACUACACACAACUCCCGUCGAAUCGCGCCAUCUGCCCCGUUUACGCUCCAUAUGAGAGAGACGGCAUGGGUGUGCACACCCGCAAUUAUGGCGGCGAUCCAAACUAUGUGCGCAGUUCCUUGAGCCCUGGUGUCCCCAGCCAGGUGACCUCGGAUGUGCGACACACCGAGCCCAUCGAACGAUUUGCAUUCUUGGGUAAGAACGAGAUUGCAGUCGAUGACGAAGAUUACGUCCAGCCCCGAGAGCUGUGGAAUAGAGUCUUUGAUGAGACUGAGAGAAAGCAGUGGGUUGAGAAUGUCUCGGAGACUAUUGAGGCUAUUCCUGCGGGCUUGAGGCAGGCUGUGAUUGCGAUGUUUAGCAAGGUUGAUGCGCGCAUCGGACAGAUGAUGGCUGCCAAGGGUAAGGAGACUUCGCAUCUUUAA